AUGCUCUCCUUGUCUUUUGCUGCUUUGGCUCUCUUCGUGGCCGUGAAGGCUGAUUCUUGGGGUCCUGCAUACUCCCUAGGCCCUACGAGCUCCGCUAUCAUUGAGGCGUCCACGACCUUCACGCCCGGCACCCCCCCAACUGAUGCAGAAGAUUCCCUGUUUUUGUGGAUAGGCAUAAGCAACUCGACGAGCGGCCUGAUCCAGGCCGGUGUGGAUCAACUCGCGGACAAUAACGCCUACUGUGGCGCUUCGUCGGAUCAGUGGUGCGCCAUGGCCAGUUACUUCGGAGUUGUAGACGGCGCCACUACUCAGCUGAACGGCGACAUGGUUCCUGUAGACGGUGAUCAAGCUAUUGGCAUCCAUUACAAACUGGCCGAUGACAACCUGACUUGGAAUCAGACCGUAACCCUUAAUGGAACGGUUAUCUCUACUCUUCAAAGCUAUGAUGGUCCUCUGUUGAACGGUGGUUUCGGAACUGGUACUGAAUGUCAAUCUGAGUGCACCGGCUCUACCUCCGUUCAGACAUACACCGACACCACAAUCGUUCUUCAAUCGGCCGACGCUGACUUCUCUUCGACUUUGAGUAAAGGAACAGGCGUUGUAGCCUCCGACAUGGUGACUACCGAUGGCGGGAAGACUUGGACCAUUGCCAGCAUCACGAUACCGGCCAUGGUUUGA